AUGGGUCGAGCUUCCGCCGAUGUCUUGCGCCCAUGGGCGCACCUCGACGUCGGCAAGCUCGAGGUUCAGUUCCAGUCGCAGCCCCCUCCGCCCUCCCCCUCCAUGCCUCCGCGCACGCCCGAACCUUCCGCCGAGCGCGCCCCCCACCCCGCCUUGUCCUCGCUCUGGGCCAUCCCGGGCUUCGCCGCCGCCGCUUCCGCCGCGGCGGGCGCAGUAGCGGGCGCAGCGGCGGGGGUUUCCAACCAGCUCGGGGACGCGUGGGUCCCCGGCGGCGCGCGGCAGCAGCUGGGCGCGGGAAACGCCCGCGCGGGCAGUUCCGCUGGUGGCGCAGCGGGGGGAAGCGGCGGCGGCGGCGGGUUCGGCGGGUACAGCAGUGGAUACGGCGGGGGGGCGGAGCGGGCGCUGGGGGAACGAAUAGCGUUGAGUAGCUGGUUGGAGGAUGAGGAGAUGCAAGUAGCAGUGACAGAGAAUGCUGAGAUGAUGGCGCUGGGUAGAGGCGCCACUCUCAUCAUAUUCGACGGCCUGCCCCUGCCAGACGGACGUCCUCGCCCCGGCUGUCACCCCGAUCCAGUGGUGGUGGUACCCGCGUGUGAGCCCGACGAUGCCAUAACCACUGCCUUCGUGCACAUGUCCUUCUCUUCCUUCCCUCCCUGCGUGCAGAUGAUGCACACGGAGCCCGUGGUGCGAGUGCAGGUGCGGGUGUGCACAUUUGUAGUCCAGAGCGCUUCUGAAUCGACUCAAGAGUUCCCUACCUCCUUCCCUGCCCCCCCCACCUCCUUCCCUGCCCCCCCACCUCCUUCCCUGCCCCCCCUACCUCCUUCCCUGCUCCCCCUACCUCCUUCCCUGCCCCCCCUACCUCCUUCCCUGCCCCCCCUACCUCCUUCCCUUCCCCCCCUACCUACCUCCUUCCCUGCCCCAUCCAUACACGCGCCAUUGUACCUGCCCUCCCUGGUAGCAGAUGGUUCACACGGAGCCCAUGGUGCGGGUGCGGGUGCGGGCAGUGGAGGCAGGCAUGGUGUUCGAGCCGACUCAGAAAUGGUUCACACGGAGCCUGUGGUGCGGGUGCGUGUGCGGGCAGUGGAGGCGGGCAUGGUGCGCAACGAUGGCACACAGGAGCUCUGUAUCGUCACGCGCAACGCCACGCUCAUCAUCGCAUGCACACACCUGCAGUCGUUGCUGCGGCAGCGAGUGCUCCAGGUAGACGACACGCUCACACUCCACAACCCCCGCGGCCUCGCCUCUCGCCUCGCAUACAUGUCCCACGCGCGCCGGCCCCCGCCCACGCGCGACGAGGAGGCGCUAAAGGCGUUUGCAGUGCCGCUCAAGAAGUGGCGCACGGGCAGGGCUGGUACUCAGUGGACCGACGGCGCCGUUGCUGGGCUCUUCCCCGCCCCGCUCUUCCAAACCCAGGCCCCCAAGCAGUCGCUGUGUAUUGUCACUGUGGGCGUGCACCCCACCAUCGCUGCUUUCGCUGCCACGGAGCAAGGCGGAUGGGUGCAGCUCGCCUCUUCCUUCGCCACCAACGUGCGCACGCGGGCCAAAUCAGCUGCCCUCUCCAUCACACGCACCAUCACCCGCGCACCCCGCCGCAUCCUCUCCAAAACCCUCUCCACCUCUCAGGACCCCUCCAACUCCUCCUCCGACCUUACCGACCCGUCCGGCUCCUCCCCAGGCUCCGGCUCCCCCACUUCUCGCUCCUCCUCCUCCCUCUCCACCUUCUCGCCGUCCUCCUCCUUGUCCUCUUCCCACGCGGACGACGACCCGCCGCACUUCUCCCGCCCGGCGCCCCCCGAAGCGGUGGAGCCGGGGCAGGCGAUGGCGGUGGUGGCGGGCUUUAAGGACUCGGUGCGGCACGCGCAGAGGCUAGCAGUGGCGCCUAGGGGCACGCUCAUGGCCCUGGCGGAUAACCUGGGGCGCGUGCUGCUGCUGGAUACGCAGAUCUUUGGGGUUGUGCGCAUGUGGAAGGGCUAUCGGGACGCGGAGCUGGCGUUCUUUGAGGUGCCCAUAAUGGGCGGCACAAUGACGUCCAUGGCUGCAGCGUCCCCCAACGUGCACCUGCUCAUGCUGCGCCCGCGCCAGCUCGCCAUGUGCCUCGCCAUCUUCGCCCCCCGGCGCGAGGUCAUUGAGGUCUGGCAAAUGGUGGGGGGCGGGCGUGUGGCCCUAAUCCGCUGCCCAGCCAACAGCCGCCUGCUACAACCCUCCCCUGUGAUCGGAGCAGCACACACCACCGUGGCGAGGCAUAGGGCGUUUGUGCUGGACGGAGCUACAGGGCAUUUGUCGGAGAUUCUUCCUACCAUCUCCCUCAAUCCUCUCAGCAAGGCCUCUACCACAGACGCAUCUCGGCCGCACGACUCGCUGACAGAAGCGGACGUGUUCCAGCGCCUGUGCGACCUGCUCAAGCUCAAGCGCAACGCACGCGCCGCAGCCCAGGAAACCGUGGAACUCCUGAGAUGGAAAGCGGAGGAGGAGGAGCGGCGGGGCGCGGAGGAGCAGGGCGUGUAUGAGUACGACGAGGGGUAUCGGGAGCAGAUGAGGAGGAGAGCCGGGCGGGAUGGGGAUGGGAUGGGGGGGGAGAGGGACGGGGGGUAUGAGGGGGGGUUUGGGGGGCUGAGGAUGAGGCUGGGGAUGGGGUUGGGUGCGGGGAGGGGGAGGGAUGGGGAUGCGCAGCAGCAGGAGGAGGAGGAUUUGGUGUUGUUGCUGCUAGGCGCGCUCUCAUCCCCUGUGCGCAAGCUACAGGUGCUAGACCUGCUAGUGGCAACACGGGAGUCUCUCUCCGCCCACUGCCACCUGGCAGUGUUGGAGGACGUCUUGACCUCAGUGGAAGACGCUAUCGACUACAACCUUGGCCCCGCACGCGGGGGGGGCGCUCCUGGCAUGGGUACGGGCCCCCCUCGCCCCCCCGCACUCAACACAUCAUCUCUCCACCCGUCCUCGGGUCACUAUGACCCCUCUUCUGGACACUACGAUCCGUCGGCAUUCCUCCCCCCUGGACAUGCGGCGAUGGGUGCUGCUGGGUAUAAUGGGCGGGGGGCGUGGCCGGGAGCGGGGAUGGGAGGCGGCGGGUGGGAGAUGGCGGGAGGGAUGCAUGGGAUGGGUGGGGAUGGUAUGGGCGGGCAUGGGAGGGAGUGGUACAGAGGUGGGAGCGCGAGGGAGAUGAGCGGGAGCAUGAGUGGGAGCAUGGGGGGAGUGGGGGGAAGUGGAAGCGUGGGAGGAAAGCAGCUGACGCGGGGGAAGAGCUGGGCGAGGCGAGUAGAUGAUAAGCUGCUGCAGUACCUGCAGGAGAGGAGGGGGCUGCUGCGCUGGCAGCGCCUGCUGAUAAAGGUCUUUUUGAAGCUGAGGGACGACUACGAGGGUGACUCCGAGGAGGAGAGAGCAGCGGACGGCAGGCAGCGGGGAAUGGGGGGCAUGGAGGAGGGCGCAAACGGGAGGUGGUACAGGGAGGGCGGUAUGGGGAUGAGAAUGGGCGGCCCUGGUAUAGGGCCUGGAAUAGGUCCUGGGAUGGGGGCUGGCAUGGGGCCUGGGAUGGGGGGGAGACCGGGGGCUGAUGAGAUGGAAGAGGAUGACGAUGAGGCGGAGUUGUUCACGUCUGUCAACUGGGAGAGGAGGUGGAUGAGGCGACCGGGGAUCCAGGGCGGGAGGAAGUGGCGAGUGCUGUCAGAAGCAGAGGAGGCAGCACUGGUGGACGAAACAGCAGAGCGCAAGGCACGGUACCAGUCUCUGGUUGCGGAUCUAGGCGCGUGGAUCAACGUGUGUGAGUCUGAAUCGGAGUGCAAUCUACUCUGGAUGGAAACUCAGGAGGUGCGCGCCCGCGUCCCUGCCGCUCCUGCUGCCGCCGCCGCCGCCGCUGCCGCCGCUGCAGACGCUGCCGCUGCCGCAGCCGCAGCUGCAGCGGCAACCGCAGCAGCAGCCGGUCAGGGGUCGUCCACAGAGGAAGCGACAGAAGCACUAGCAACGCCGGGCACCCCGCCUACGUCUACCAUCAUUGGGGAUGGGUUCACAGAUCUCACCAUCCCUUGGCCUAUAGAAGAAGCCACGCCGCCGACUCUCUCCUGCAGUGAGUUCCUCCGCUGCUUUGGCUAUGACUCCCGAUGGACCCCCAGGGAGCUUCCAGAGGAUAGGAGGAAGGAGAGGCAGAGGAUGAAGGCUGGAGCUAGCAUUGGGGGCAGUAGCAGCAUUGGGGGCUCAGUCAGGGGGUAUGACAGCGGGUACGGUGGGAUGGAUGGUGGUGGAGGGGGAGGGGGAGGGGGAGGGAACAGCCGGGGCGGGCGCAAGGGGUUCCACAGAGGGGGCGCGGGGGCAGCAGGGGAGGAGCGCAGCCACGGGCUCUGGCUGGCGAUAGGCGAGGACGUGAGUGAACUGAGGGCUCUCUCGCAUUUCAUAAUGCGGAAUAUGACCCGUGGGGAGGCAGGCACACGGAAGCUGUUCCAGGUGUUGGAUGUGGUGGGUUUGUCUCGGGAAGACUGGCAGUGCUUGUUUUUGGUGUGGUUCCGAUCGGUUAAGGUGGACGAUUUGCUCUCUGUAGGGCUAGAUGUGCUCAUGGAUGUGAUUCACUGCAUUGGGUGCCCGAGACGGUUGGCACGCCGCUGGACCCAUGCUAUGGGCGGGCCUGGGGACAGAGGCAUGGGGGGGAUGCAGUUGGGGGGGGAUUUGGAUCUAGCGCAAGCAAGGGCAGAGGGGGCGAUGGUGGCGCGGCGUAUGAAGCGGCUGCAGGAGGAUUCGUUGGUGGAGCAGCGGGGGUUGGAGCAGUGGCUGCAGCUCGCGAAGCAGGUGGAUGAUGCGUGGAUGCUGGGUCGAGCCAUGCUGCAUAUUACCAAACUCUCCGCCGCGCAUGGGAUUAUUGUCACGCGCUCCCGUGUGCCGUCGGCGGCGGAAGUUUCGUCGUUCCCCGUGCCGCUGUGGGUUGCGAAGCUACAGCUGCUGAUCUCGCCUGCGUCUGGGGUGGUGAGGCAUUUGCACAUGGCGCUGCUGCAUUCUGUGAAAGAGCCGGCGUCGAUGCGAGAGGUGGGGAUGCGGCUUUUGGAAGAAGCCAAGCAGUUGGAGGCGGAGAGAAUGGGAGAGAAGAAGCGGGCGCCUGCUGCCCCGAAGCAGCAGCAACAGCAGCAGCAGCAGCAGCCGCAGCAGCAGAAGAUGCAGGCGCAGUCGCAGCAGGAGGAGCAGCAGCAGGCGCAGAAUCGCCCGGGGGAGAGGGACCAGCAGCAGCAGCAGACGGAGCGGCAGGAGCAGGAGCAGAAGGAGAAGCGCGAGCUGAAUCUGCAGCAGCGGCAGCAGCUGCAGAAGCAGUUGCAGAUGGAGCGAUUCAAAGGGGAGGUGAAGCGCGGGGGUAUGGGCGAGCGUGCUAAGGCCCGUGCACGGGCCAAGGAGAGGGCGAAGAGAGGAGCAAAGAUGGAGUGGGACGUGGGGACGCUGUUUGGAGAAGAGGAGGAGGAGGAUGAGGAGGGAGGAGAGGGAGGGGAGGAGGGAAGGGAGGGUGAUGAGGGUGCGGGAGAGGGUUCGGGGGUGGGGAGGUUGGAGGAGGGGCAAAGGGGGUCAGAGGCAGGAGGGGUAGGAGGGGUAGGGGGGGUAGGAGAAGGAGGGAGUGUGGAGGGUGGAAAGGCAGGUGCAGGAACUGGAGAGAGUGUGGAAGGUCGUUUGGCUGAGAGUGCUGAUGCUCCUCCUGCUGAGGUUGAGGGAGAGAAGAGUGAAGGAGAGAAGAAGGAAAGUGAGGAGAAGGGGAGUGUGGGGGUGGAUGGAGGUGCAAAGGAGGGGGGUAAGGUGGAGGAAGGGGAUGGAUCAGGAAAAAAGGUGGAGGAGGGUGUGGGGAGCAGCAGAGGGGAAGGGGCAGCAGUGCGGGAGGUUGAGGAGCAGGGGCCUAAGGAAAAGGGGGAUGAGGAGCAGGUGGGUAAGGAACCGGGGAGAGAGGAGCAGGGGGGUGAGGAGCAGGGGAGCAAGAGCAGUGCUGACAGGGCAGUUGGUGAUGGUGAUUUGGUGGAGGGGGAAACAGGGUCAGUGCAGGGAAGUGAGCAACAGGGAAGCGAGCAGCAUGGGAGCGAGCAGCACAGGAGCCUGUCGUUUGGUAGUGAGGGCGAGUGGCGGGCAAAUCACGAAGAGCAGCAAAUGGCAAUGGCCCGAGAGAUGGAGCAGGAGAUGCUGAAGGCGCAGGAGGCAGCUAGAGCAGCGGAGGAAUCGAUUGAAGCACAGGCUGUGGCUGAAGCUGUAGAGCUUCUGAAAGAGUUGCUGGUGCGCUUCUCUGUGACCUGCAACAUGGAUAUUCUCGCGGCACAUCGCGCACUUGAACUCUGCCGCCAGUGGACCCAGAUGGUCCCUCUCGACCGCACUGCACCGCUCCCAGCCACGGGCCCCGGCGGGAUUCCGCUCAGCCUGGUUGUUUCGCACCCCGUGAGAGGGUUCGAAGUGGAUAUGAACGAUCUUCUGUACUUCACGUAUGAGCACGCGUCUACGCUGUCGACUGUGGCGCUCAAGGGAGGUGUGGUGUGCAGCAUGUGGGGCCCCAUGAUCGGCCCGCGCGCUGCUGCUGCUGUGUCGCUGCUGCAGAAGCUCAGGCGGGCUCCCACUGAUGAGGAGAGCGCCAAGGCUACUGGCCUAGGCGGGGCGUCCGUCUCAGAAGCAGCAGGAGCCGUGGGCGCAUACGAGCAGCUGCUCGUCCUCCUCUUCGACUGCUCGCUCCUCUCAGAGCUGGGGGAAAACACCGACCGGGGCAGCCGGGAAACCGACGCCUUCAUAGCAGCGCGCGACGCCACGUGCCGAGAAGCCAUCUCUGAGUUCAGGCAGGCAGCCCCUGCGAGUGACCGUGUGCACGCGUACAUGCUGCUGCUGCGCGUGGUGGGGAUUGCGCUCGCGCUCAAUGUGGACUAUGUGCCGCUCGGUAGCAUGUUCCCCCCCAGCCUGCUCUCCAGCUUCCCCACCCUGCGACCGGAGCCAUUGUCGGAGGCAGAGGCCACGCAGCGUGCGUUGCUCCCUGCUCCUGAAUCGGGCUCAGAUGCCGCUGCUGCUGCUGCUGGUGCUGCUGGUGGUGCUGGUGGUGGUGCAGGGGCCAUGCCCCUUGCUGCCCUAGGCCAUGAGCAACCUGGACCAUCUGGCAUGGGCAUGGGGGCAGGCAUGGGUGAUGCAAUGGCUAUGGGGGGGAUGGGCAUGGGUGGCAUGGGCAUGGGGCCUGGCAUGGACAUGGGUGGUAUGGGGCCAGGCAUGGGCAUGAUGGGUAUGGGUCCCGGUAUGGGCAUGUCCCAGGAGAUGUAUAUGGCUCAAGGUAUGCACAUGGGGAUGGGUGGUGGUAUGCCUAUGGGUGGAGACAUGGGUAUGGGUAUGUAUCCUGGCAUGGGCAUGCAUCCGGGAAUGGGCAUGCAUCCUGGUAUGGGCAUGCACAUGGGUGCAGGCAUGGGCAUGGGUCCCGGAAUGGCUCCUGCCAUGGGCUUUCCUGCAGGUGGGAUGGAUGGCAUGGGCAUGAACAUGCACAUGGGCAUGGGUAACAUGGGCAACAUGGGUAUGGGAGGCAUGGGACCAAUGGGAACCAUGGGACCCAUGGGGGGAAUGGGAGGCAUGGGAGGCAUGGGGGGAAUGGCUGGUAUGGAUCCCACAGGAAUGCCCCCAGCAGUGCCAGUGCCCCCAGCAGCAGCAGCCCCUCCCAAGGCGCAUGCGCAUCGGCUGAGGGUGUACGAGGCUCGGUACCGAGCGGCAUCUGCGUUUGCCCUGGCCAAUGACCUAGGCGUGCCCCAUGAUGAGCUGCGGCGCCGCCAGGUGGCACUCAAGUAUCUCAAGCAAUAG